AGCCAAUCACGGCGCAGUUUGUUGUCUCGUGCCAGCCCUCAGGUGGAUCAGCUCAUGACAGGGAAGCGGACAAUGUUGUGAGUGUGUGUGUACGAGUGUGUGUGCAGCAGGAUGUCGGGCGUGGCGGUAACCCCGCGCUGCAGGGACAUCGAGAGGAAGGCAGGGUACGUUCGUCCGGAGGAGUGUGCUGUUCCCCCCUCGGUCCUGUCGCCGCAGCCCUCGGCCCCGUGGUGUAUCUGGGACGCGUGUGGCGUGGUGUGUGUGGUUCUCACCUGGCUCCUGGUGCUGUACGCCGACUUCGUGGUGAUGUUCGUCAUGCUGCUGCCUGUGAGGGACGCCGUGUACAGCGUGCUCAACGCCGCCCUGUUCAACACGCUCGCUGUGCUGGCGCUCACCUCACACAACCGCGCCAUGUGCACCGACCCCGGUGCCGUGCCGAAGGGAAACGCCACGAAAGAGUACAUCGAGAGUUUACACCUGAAACCAGGUCAGGUCGUCUACAAGUGUCCGAAAUGCUGCAGCAUCAAACCUGACCGAGCUCACCACUGCAGUGUGUGUAAGCGCUGUAUCAGGAAGAUGGACCACCACUGUCCCUGGGUGAACAACUGCGUGGGUGAAAACAACCAGAAAUACUUUGUUCUUUUUACAAUGUACAUUGCUCUGAUCUCGCUCCACGCCCUCAUCAUGGCUGGCUUCCAUUUCAUCUUCUGCUUUGAGCAGGACUGGACAAAGUGCGGCAGUUUCUCCCCCCCGACCACAGUGAUCCUGUUGAUCCUCUUGUGUUUUGAGGGACUCCUCUUCUUCUUCUUCACCGCCGUCAUGUUCGGUACCCAAAUUCACUCCAUCUGCACCGACGAGACUGGUAUAGAGCAGCUGAAGAAAGAAGAGCGACGAUGGGCCAAGAAGUCCAAGUGGAUGAACCUGAAGGUGGUCUUUGGCCACCCGUUCUCUAUAGCAUGGCUGAACCCACUGGCCAUGCCCGAACACGGCAAAUCGGACCUCUUCCAGUACAUCGUCUGACUCGGAACGCGUCCUGAUCCUAAUACGGCCUUAUUUUCUGUUUUAAUUUUACAUUUUUUUCAGGGUGUGUCUUAAUCCUGGAUCAGAAGUGCUUAUAUAUAUAUAUCCCCCCCCCAUUUAAUCUAUACAAUGGAAGACAUUCAAGUAAGAACACCAGCUAGACAUUUGGGAUAAAGCCCGUCUCCUCUUCCAUGCUGUAAAUGAAAUGGAGAACCUGUAGUGUUCUGUUUCAGCUCGAUGGUGUAAUCGGUUGACGUGUUCACCAGUAUUUUAGUCACGCAUACUUCUAUUCACGUCCCAUAAUGACACCUAAAAUGAGGUCAAAGGUUCACGUUUGUCAGUGUUGGAAAUAUUGCCUUAAAUAUAUUUUUCUUUUUGUUUGUUGGGGUGUUUUUGUUUUUUUUAAACUGUUAUCAAGUGAUGUAUUUUUAAAUGGGAUGUACCAUCUCACUGGAAUGGGGGUGAUCUUAGUCUAUACUGAUGUACAGUUCAUGUUUUCAGUUGAUUAGCUUUUACCAAACAGUACUAUGGCCCGGGCACAGUGUUUUUUAAAAAUAUAUUUCUUCCAGUGAAGGUUUAUAUGAUGAGGGAUCUAUAUUACAGAUUCUGGAUCCAGAACCGUUUACCUAACAGACGUUUUACUCUUUAUAGCUUAUCUCCUGCCCGCUCAGGAGCAGCAGGUUUUCCUGUUUACAGAUGAUGGAAUUUAAGAUGGAUGACCAUUAUUUCACAAUAACCGAACUAUUUCACAAUCCUUAUCCAGAGCGACGCACAGAAAGGGGGUAUGACACAGUGUUCCUGGAGCUGACAGGGUUAAGGGCCCAACCGUGGCAGCUUGUCAGUACUGGGGCUUGAACCCGUGACCUUCAGAUCAGUAAUCCAAAGGCUAAACCGCUGAGCCACCAUGACUUUUAGGAAGACUUCUGUGCCUGUGUGUAUGAAAUGGGAUCAAAAUCAAAACUCGUACUUUUUCUGUGGCUUUUCGUUGUUCGCUCGGACUUCUGGAGUCAGUCCACCAGCUCGUAAAUAAACAAUGCCCCAGUCUCUGCCAAAAACAUUCACCUUGGCCACUGUACCCCUGUGAAGUGAUUCAAACACAGCAACGAGUCCUGAUAAAGACAAAGCUAGAGAACGGUGCGUCUUUAGAGUUAGAACAUCAACGUACAGUGCUUAUUUUGAUCCGAGACGUCCUCCUGUUCCAAAUAUUGUCACGCUGUUACUCUCGAGUUCCGAAUAAUAGCGCAGUUGGGAAUAAGAGUGUAGGGCGGCAAAAUGGGCAAAAAUUAAUAAGAGUGUAGGGUGGAAAUAAGCAUGCAGGCCGGAAAAUUCUCGAGUUUCGAAUAAUAGUGCAGUUGGGAAUAAGAGUAUAGGAUGGCACAUUAGGACAAAUAUAAUAAGCGAUAAGCACACUUGUAGUCUAGAAAAUUAUGCUGAACAGAUCUUGGAGACCAAAUAUCAAUUCAGUAAACAGACAAAUCAUAUCAUGGCUGUCAAAAUUUCUUGUUCGUGUUCUUUUUAUCUAAAACAAAAAGAAUAUCUGGAUACUAGUAGAGUACUUUUGCUUGAGAAACUCAAGUAUGCAAAUUGCUUUAAUUUACCUUUAUUUAAGGUCUUAAAACAUCAAAAUUCUAAUUUAAAAAUGGCAAAAUUCUAUUACAGAGGCAGAGGAAGACUUUAUUGCACCAUUUGAAUCCAGCAGGUGAAAGAGCAUGAACCGUUAAGUCUUCAUCCAGCAAUAUUGAACCGCUGGCUUAAGUAUUUAAUUACUUGGAAAAAUUGCAUUGUAAUUCACUGCUAUGCUAUUAUAUCUCAAGAAUAUGCUACCUUAUGGAACUGGAUGGGUGAAAUUCAUGUCAAUUUUCGGUGGAUUGAAAUCGAUCAUAGAUACUUACCGUUGUUUACCACCGGCAGUGUUGUUGGUGCAUCGGCGGUGCUUCGUUGUGUCUGCGCAUGUGCGUAGUGAGUCGUCUGUGUUCAGGCGUUAUUUUCGCUCAUUCGUCACACGUGCUUGUAUUGACAAAUAGAAUAAGCGUGUAGGCCCGAAUAAGACCGUGCAGGCGGGAAUUUUUCGCAAAAAUAAAUAGCCGUGCAUGCACGGUUAUUCGGAACUCGAGAGUACAUGAAUCACUUGAAUCAUGACUCAAAGCAAGUGAGCUGAACACUUAGUGGACAAUGCUGUCUGCCCUCUUCCACAUACAUACUGUAAACUCCCAGACACCCACAGUGCACCUUCAGAACCUCAACCAUUUGUUUAUUUGUUCUUCAUUUGAGGCCAUGGAGGGAAGCCAAGGCCUAAUGGUUAGGGAAGCCACUUUGAGACCAAACGGUUGUUGGUUUGAUUCCCUGGACCAGCAGGAAUGGGUGACGUGCCCUUGAGCAAGGCACUGAACCCCCACCUGCUCCGGGUCUGUUGUACAUCACUCUGGAUAAGAGCGUCUGCUGAAUGCUGUUAAUGUAAUGAUGCCUCACACCCAUCUCAGAAUCAUUCUGCACCCCAUGUGGGUCGAGCGUCCUAGAGAGAUGUAAACAGAGUUCCUUUCCUCUUUUGAGUUCAGCCAGAGUUGAAAUAUAGUGCUUGGUAUUUGAAUCAUUCCAAACAAACAAUGGAAACAACUUAAAUCUGUGCUCACAAUCGGACCACAACACAUACACUUCUCUGCUAUUUGGCAAUAAAACCAUUACAUUGCGUUAGAAGCAUUUAUCAGACGCUCUUAUCCAGAGUGAUCUACAACACACCCAGAGCAACCUGGGGAGCAGUUAGGGGCCUUGCUCAAGGGCACUUCAGCCAUUCCUGCUGGUCCAGGGAAUUGAACCAGUGACCAGAGCUGCUUCUCUAACCUUUGGGCCAUGGCUUCCCCAGGCAGAAGCUUGAUGGAUUCAUCAGCUUGCUUCGUAUGCCUUUGGAUUGGUUGUGAAUGAAGUGUAAUACUGUAUAUUCAGAAGGUGAUAAACCAUGGGCUGCAGAUCUGGCAACCCCAGAUAUAUACGCAUAUCCUAAAGGAUAAACGGUAAAAUUUGUGCUUGCACUCUUCUGAACUGGCCACUCUAUUAGAUUGAUGACAGUCCUGUAUAUCCGACCAGAAGAAUGUGAAGAAUCUCCAGCAGUUUUAAUUUUCCCAGAGUGAUCUCCACGGGGUGGAGCUGGACCUUAUCCAACUCCUCCUGUGAGCAUCACCCUACCUACCCCACACAACACAACACACUUCAGCCUGGAGACACACCGAGUUGUUUGAUUGAUUUGGUGCCACCCAGGAGGAGAUGGAUCAGGUCUUGCCCCACCCCAGGGACUUUUUUUGUUCCUGUGCUUUUGGGUCGUGUGAUGUGAGAAGUGCCUGUUGUCAGUAUCUUUCUUUUAAUUCUCUUUUGUCUUGUGAGUUUUGUUCCAGCUGUUUUCACUCCAGUGUCUUACGGUAAAUGCAAUAAAUUUUUAGUGUUCUUUUUA